AUGGAUGCUCAAUUUGAGCGUCGUCUUCUUCUUUCAAUGAAUGGACAAAAUUCAUCAUCAUCAUCCUAUACAAGUCCAAUACAAUCUCCUAUUAAAACAAGUGAUCGAUACAUUCCACUUCGAUCGUCUCUUUCAGCAUCCAAUCUUCAUUAUCAAAUAAAUACUUCUUUAUCACCACAUAAAAAACCACAAUGUUCAUCAACAACAACAUCACCAAUUAAAAAACAUAAAAAUGAACAAACGGAAAUAGGCCUUAGUACAGGUAUUACAGGAAGUGAACCUGAUUUAGCUGUUUAUAAACAAUUAUUACAAAAUACUCUAUUAAAUACAAAUAUUGACUCUAUACUUAAAAUAUCUGAUACACAAAAUAUAAAUUCCGAUGAUAUGAAAACAGUAACAACACCAAAAAAAUCUUCGAUUAGUAAAGAAAAUUGUUCAAUGUUUCGUUAUUCUGAACGUCAAGAAAAUCUUUCAUGUCAAUCAAAUUUAAUUACUAAACAACAUUUCAAUCGAUCACCUAUAUCAAAUGCAUCUAUACAUUUACUUUAUUCACCAAAAAAAGCAAUUCGACAUAUACCAGAACUUCCAUAUAAAGUGUUAGAUGCACCAGAUUUACAAGAUGACUUCUAUUUAAAUUUAGUCGACUGGUCUUCAUCAAAUAUUCUUAGUGUUGCCUUAGGUCCAUGUGUGUAUUUACAUAAUGCUCAAACAAAUAGUGUUCAAUUGUUAUGUGAUUUAACUCAUACACAAUUACCUGUACCGAAUAAUAAUCAAGUGAAUAUUGUCGGUUCCGAUAUAGUCACAUCAGUACAUUGGUCAGAUUGGUCGAAUAUAUUAGCUAUUGGUACACAACGUGGUCAUGUACAUAUCUAUGAUGUAACAACUCGAAAACGUAUACAAUCAAUAUGUAAACAUACAAAUCGUGUUGGUGUACUUGCUUGGAAUGAAUGGUCUUUGAGUUCUGGUUCCCGUGAUCGAUCAAUUUUAGAACAUGAUAUACGUCAACAGUCUACUGUUCAUACAUUCCUUGGUCAUAAACAAGAAGUUUGUGGUCUUAAAUGGUCACCGGAUAAAUCUAUCUUAGCCAGUGGUGGAAAUGAUAAUCAAUUAUUUCUUUGGUCGAAAAGUCAAUCAAUACAACCAUUACAUACAUUCAAUGAUCAUACAGCUGCUGUGAAAGCUAUAGCAUGGUCAUCACAUCAACAUGGUCUCUUAGCAUCUGGUGGUGGUGCAGCCGAUCGACAUAUACGAUUUCGUUCAUCAUUAACAUGUCAAACAUCUAGUAUAUAUGAUACAGGUUCCCAAGUAUGUCAACUGAUUUGGUCAAAGAAUUCUCCCGAUGAACUUGUUUCAACACAUGGUGUUGCACAAAAUCAAAUUAUUAUUUGGAAAUAUCCAACAAUGCAACCCUUAGCAAAAUUAUUAGGUCAUCAACAACGUGUUCUUUAUUUAUCAAUGAGUCCAGAUGGUGAAUCAAUUGUAACUGGUUCAGGAGAUGAAACACUUCGAUUUUGGAAUAUAUUUCCUAAAGCUAGAUGUAUAAGAAAUCCGGAUUCAAAAUUAAAUGGACUUUAUCGUAUGCGAUAG